GUGGGUGGGCUGCUGUGGUGAUGGGACGCUGGACGGCCAUGGCGGAUGACGGAUGACGGAUGAUGGCCGGCUGGGGACAGGGAGAUGUGGUGGAAUGAUCGGAUGCAACAAUGGAGAGAGUUCCCAAUCGUCUUUUUAACUCCGCCUCAAUCGGGUCCCCCAUGUUCCAAGGAUGGCCGUUGGAAAAAAAGAGGAAAGUCGGGAAAAAACAGCACGCGUUCGUCAGGCGUCCCAGUCCGUCACGAUCGUCUCCAGGUGUCACGGGCGCCUCCUCAUCCUUCGGCAGCGCAGCCGCCGCACGCACGCGCGCAACGCAGCACAGCACAGCGCGUUGGGCAGCGGCCAAUGGCGGCGCAGCAGCGGCUUACACACCCUCUCACCGCGCAAACCAAAGCACAGCACCGUGACAUUGGUGGCUGGAAAAGGUGGCAGGCAGGGUCCAAAAUGCCAGCCUCAUCAUUGUUGCUGCUCGCAAACCAAGGCCUGCAGGCGCCUGUACAGGCCCGCCUAUUGUCUUGCUGCUUGCAGAAAAAAACAAGCUUGCGGCUGCGCCUCCGAUGCUGGCGCGCCUGCUGCCUCUCCACUACACCAUGUCAUGGCUUGCGCAGGGAAAGCGCUGCAAAAGAGCGUGGCGGGGCAGCUGCAGUUACGUAGCCGCUGGAAGUAUAUCAGCGACGACCGGCCACCUACUGUGUGUUGUAUGUGUGUAUGCUCGCCACCCACUUACUCGCUCGCUCCCACUACCACCUGCUCUAAAAGUCGGCGCGGAUCAUUUGCGGCUCCUGUCGUCACUUGCCGUCCCGGGUCCCUCCCAGUACCUACCUACCUACCUACCUAGGUACCCUCCCUCUCCACCAUGCCGACUUCCCACCACUACGCGGCGCUGGUGUCGCCCUCACCCUCGCCGCCCCCGCA